AUGGCAGCUUUUCCAACUGUACAGAAACAACUGCGCUGGUUGCUGGAUGCUUUUGGCCAAACACCGUGGCGGAGAGAUUUAUUACUGGAAUACAUAGACAAUUUUUCUCAAACUGCACUUUGGACACAGUCACAUGGGAAGAUCCCCCAGAUGAAAUUCUCACAACUCUUAUUCUAA